AUGGAAGAAAAUACUAUUACCACAAAUAAAGAUGGCGAUGCUAGGCGACCUGCCCAAGCAGAGGCGCCAUCUGCAGUUGAUCUGUCGAACAUCAAAUUGAACGGAAAUGUAAGAAAGAAGAGACGGCGCGGGAAAUCUAAACGAAAAUUGUUAAAACCUUUUGCAAAAAAUUCGUGGCUAGAAAGAAGGAAUGAAAAGUCUAACAGGAACAACAGGUUCAGAAAGCUAGUAUUGGCAAAAACUCAUGCUCCUUUUAAUAACAACCAAUUUUUAAUGGAAAUACAUAAACCAGAACCCGAAAAUGCUUUUCAUAGUUUACAGACUCCAUCAGCACGUACCCGGGAUUCUAGUUUCAGUGUAGAUUCAGAAGACAAUUAUUUCUAUUCUCUACCCGAAGAUGAAGAGGAAUACUUGACCAAAGAGUUCUCAAGCGUUUACGAAGAUGCGCAAAGUGAACGUUUAUCUAGUAUGUCUAAAGACGAUCUAAUCCAAGAGUAUUUGUUAUUGGAAGCAAAAUAUGAUAAUCUAUUAAAAAGAACGGAACGUUCUAAAGGCAAGUGUGUAGAAGAUGACAAAGAAACAGUGACUGAUAAAGAUGCAUCUGUUACUGAUAGAGACAGCAUGAUAACAGACAAGGAUACUUCACUAACUUCGUUAGGCUCCAGUGCAGUUGAUGAAAACUCUUUCAGUGAGUUAAUGCAGAAAAUGAAAGAACAAGAAGACCAAAUACAUUCUCUGCAAUUGGACAAUGAGAAAUUGAGGGUUGAAAAUGAACAUUUGCGUCAAAGGUCUCAGACCUCUUCAAGUGCAGACUCUGAAAGUGAUAGCUCUUCUUCAUCUGACAGUGAUAGCAGUUCUAAUCCAAAUAAUAGUCCCAUACAUGAGCCUGUUGUUGAAAAUAAUUCUGUAUCAAAUGAGAAUCAUAUUCACAUUAAUGGCCAAAAUGAAGAGACUGAUGGUUUAGAAGUGACUUAUCCAAUUGUUAAUGGUACUCAUGAUUAA